UCAGGUUUACUUCUAACGAUAAAGCGAACGAGAAAAUCUUACAUAGAGGGCACACAGUUACUAUGAAUAACUGGCGUUUAUUUAUUAUUGCGUUUGUCGCGAUAUUACAACCGAUUGCCUCUUUUAGAGAGUGCAAUCUUGUUAAUGGAAGGGACCGGUGCUGUGAUCGCCAAUUGCUUCAAGACGGUCGUCAAAAUACUCAUGGAAUACACCAAUUCAAAACUUUUAUUAAAGAAGAAUACAGCUUGCAAAGCGUAAACAACAGCCCUUACGUUCAACACCAUGACGCAAAGGAAUAUGAUUCGAAGGUAAUCUUUCCAUCAACUCAAUCAUUUCACGAAUUCCGUGGAAGGCACAGAACAUUGCAGUCUCUAAGGGAAACUGAUUCAGAUGCGGACAGCCAUCGUUUAAAAUCUCGAAUCUCUAGGGAAUUGAGAGAAGAAUAUCAAAGACAAAUAAGAGAUUUUGAACUUCCUAAAAAUCAAUUUGAAUUAGCGCAUGAGCGUUUAUACGGGAUUAUAAAAUCGUCGGAAAAAAGAAAUCGUCACGCAAAAAAACAAUUAGACAGCCGCCGUAUCUGGGAUGUAGUAGACAGCCAACAUGCAAGAAAUGAAGAGAGCCGACCGAACCGUCGCUCCAAGGAUGAGGUGGACAGCCGCCGCACCAUGGAAACAUUAGCAAGCGGUCGCUCCAGGGAUGAGGUGGACAGCCGCCGCUCCAUGAAAACACUAGCAAACCGUCGUUCUAGAGAUGAGGUAGAUAACCGCCGCUCUAUGGAAACGUUAGCAAACCGUCGCUCUAGGGAUGAGGUGGACAGCCGCCGUGUAAGGAAUGAAGUUAACAGCCGCCGUGUAGAAAAUGAAGUGGACAGCCGCCGCACCAUGGACACAUUAGCAAACCGUCGCUCCAGGGAUGAGGUGGACAGCCGCCGCUCCAUGGAAACGUUAGCAAACCGUCGCUCUAGGGAAAAGCAGGACAAUCACCGCGCAAUGGAAACGUUAGUUGACCGUCACUCCAGGCACGAGGUAGACAGCCGCCGCUCCAUGGAAACUUUAGCAAAUCGUCGCUCCAGGGAUGAGGUGGACAGCCGCCGCUCCAUGGAAACACUAACAAACCGUCGUUCUAGAGAGGAGGUAGAUAACCGCCGCUCUAUGGAAACAGGAAACCGUCGCUACAGGGAUGAGGUAGACAGCCGCCGCUCCAUGGAAACACUAACAAACCGUCGUUCUAGAGAUGAGGUAGAUAAUCGCCGCUCUAUGGAAACAGGAAACCGUCGCUCCAGGGAUGAGGUGGACAGCCGCCGCUCCAGGGAUGAGGUGGACAGCCGUCGCUCCAUGGAAACACUAGCAAACCGUCGUUCUAGAGAUGAGGUAAAUAACCGCCGCUCUAUGGAAACGUUAGAAAAUCGUCGCUCCAGGGAUGAGGUGGACAGCCGCCGUAUAAGGAAUGAAGUUAACAGCCGCCGCUCCAUGCAAACAUUAGCAAACCGUCGUUCUAGAGAUGACGUAGAUAACCGCCGCUCUAUGGAAACAGGAAAUCGUCGCUCCAGGGAUGAGGUGGACAGCCGCCGCUCCAGGGAUGAGGUGGACAGCCGCCGCUCCAUGGAAACAUUAGCAAACCGUCGCUCUAGGGAAAAGCAGGACAAUCACCGCGCAAUGGAAACGUUAGCUGACCGUCACUCCAGGGAUGAAGUGGACAGCCGCCGCUCCAGGGAUGAGGUGGACAGCCGCCGCUCCAGGGAUGAGGUGGACAGCCGCCGCUCCAUGGAAACAUUAGCAAACCGUCGUUCCAGGGAUGUGGUAGACAGCCGCCGUUCUAUAGAAAUAUUAGCAAUCCGAGGUUCUAGAAAUGAGGUAGAAAGCCGCCAUGCAAUGGAAACGUUAGCUGACCGGCGCUUCAGGGACGAGAUAGACAGCCGCCGCUCCAUGGAAACAUUAGCAAACCGUCGCUCCAGGGAUGAGGUGGACAGCCGCCGUGUAAGGAAUGAAAAUAACAGCCGCCGUGUAGAAAAUGAAGUAGUCAGUCGCCGCGCCAUGGACACAUUAGCAAACCGUCGCUCCAGGGAUGAGGUGGACAGCCGCCACACCAUGGAAACAUUAGCAAACCGUCGCUCUAGGGAUGAGGUGGACAGCCGCCGCUCCAGGGAUGAGGUGGACAGCCGCCGCUCCAUGGAAACACUAGCAAACCGUCGUUCUAGAGAUGAGGUAAAUAACCGCCGCUCUAUGGAAACGUUAGAAAAUCGUUGCUCCAGGGAUGAGGUGGACAGCCGCCGUAUAAGGAAUGAAGUUAACAGCCGCCGUGUAGAAAAUGAAGUAAACAGCCGCCGCACAAUGGAAUCAUUAGUAAACCGUCGGUCCAGGGAUGAGGUGGACAGCCGCCGCACCAUGGAAACAUUAACAAACCGUCACUCCAGGGAUGAGGUGGACAGCCGCCGCUCCAUGGAAACACUAGCAAACCGUCGUUCUAGAGAUGAGGUAAACAACCGCCGCUCUAUGGAAACGUUAGAAAACCGUCGCUCCAGGGAUGAGGUGGACAGCCGCCGUGUAAGGAAUGAAGUAGACAGCCCCCGCGCCAUGGAAACACUAGCUGACCGUCGCUCCAGGGAUGAGGUGGACAGCCGCCGCACCAUGGAAACAUUAACAAACCGUCACUCCAGGGAUGAGGUGGACAGCCGCCGCUCCAUGGAAACACUAGCAAACCGUCGUUCUAGAGAUGAGGUAAACAACCGCCGCUCUAUGGAAUCAUUAGUAAACCGUCGGUCCAGGGAUGAGGUGGACAGCCGCCGCACCAUGGAAACAUUAACAAACCGUCACUCCAGGGAUGAGGUGGACAGCCGCCGCUCCAUGGAAACACUAGCAAACCGUCGUUCUAGAGAUGAGGUAAACAACCGCCGCUCUAUGGAAACGUUAGAAAACCGUCGCUCCAGGGAUGAGGUGGACAGCCGCCGUGUAAGGAAUGAAGUAGACAGCCCCCGCGCCAUGGAAACACUAGCUGACCGUCGCUCCAGGGAUGAGGUGGACAGCCGCCGCACCAUGGAAACAUUAGCAAACCGUCGCCCCUGGGAUAAGGUGGACAGCCGCCGUGUAAGGAAUGAAGUAGACAGCCCCCGCGCCAUGGAAACACUAGCUGACCGUCGCUCCAGGGAUGAGGUGGACAGCCGUCGCUCCAUGGAAACAUUAGCAAGCCGACGCUUCAGGGAAAAGCGGGACAAUCGCCGCGCAAUGGAAACUUUAGCUGACCGUCACUCCAGGGACGAGGUAGACAGCCGCCGCUCCAUGGAAACAUUAGCAAACCGUCGCUCCAGGGGUGAGGUGGACAGCCACCGCGCCAUGGAAACAUUAACAAACCAUCGAUCCAGGGAUGACUUGGACAGUCGCCGCGCCAUGGAAACAUUAGCAAGCCGUCGCUCCAGGGAUGAGGCGGACAGCCGCCAUGUAAGGAAUGAAGUUAACAGCCGCCGUGUAGAAAAUGAAGUAGUCGGCCGCCGCGCCAUGAACACAUUAGCAAACCGUCGCUCCAGGGAUGAGGUGGACAGCCGUCGCUCCAGGGAUGAGGUGGACAGCCGCCGCACCAUGGAAUCAUUAGCAAACCGUCGCUCCAGGGAUGAGGUGGACAGCCGCCGUGUAAGGAAUGAAGUAGAUAGCCCCCGCGCCAUGGAAACACUAGCUGACCGUCGCUCCAGCGAUGAGGUGGACAGCCGCCGCUCCAUGCAAACAUUAGCAAACCGUCGCUCCAGCGAUGAGGUGGACAGCCGCCGCACCAUGGAAACAAUAGCAAGCCGUCGCUUCAGGGAAAGGCGGGACAAUCGCCGCGCAAUGGUAACUUUAGCAAGCCGUCGCUCCAGGGAUGAGGUGGACAGCCGCCGCGCCAUGGAAACAUUAACUAACCGUCGAUCCAGGGAUGACUUGGGCAGCCGCCGCGCCAUGAACACGUUAGCAAACCGUCGCUCCAGGGAUGAGGUGGACAGCCGUCGCUCCAGGGAUGAGGUGGACAGCCGCCGCUCCAUGGAAACACUAGCAAACCGUCGUUAUAGAGAUGAGGUAAAUAACCGCCGCUCUAUGGAAACGUUAGCAAACCGUCGCUCCAGCAAUGAGGUGGAUAGCCGCCGUGUAAGGAAUGAAGUAGAUAGCCCCCGCGCCAUGGAAACACUAGCUGACCGUCGCUCCAGCGAUGAGGUGGACAGCCGCCGCUCCAUGCAAACAUUAGCAAACCGUCGCUCCAGCGAUGAGGUGGACAGCCGCCGCUCCAUGCAAACAUUAGCAAACCGUCGCUCCAAGGAUGAGGUGGACAGCCGCCGUGAAAGAAAUGAAGUUAACAGCCGCCUCGCCAUGGAAUCAUUAGCAAGCCGUCGCUCCAGGGAUGACGUGGACAGCCGCCGUUCCAUGGAAACAUUAGUUUACCGUCGCUCCAGGGAUGAGGUGGACAGCCGUCGCUCCAGGGAUGAGGUGGACAGCCGCCGUGUAAGGAAUGAAGUAGAUAGCCCCCGCGUCAUGGAAACACUAGCUGACCGUCGCUCCAGCGAUGAGGUGGACAGCCGCCGCUCCAUGCAAACAUUAGCAAACCGUCGCUCCAAGGAUGAGGUGGACAGCCGCCGUGAAAGAAAUGAAGUUAACAGCCGCCUCGUCAUGGAAUCAUUAGCAAACCGUCGCUCCAAGGAUGAGGUGGACAGCCGCCGCACCAUGGAAACAUUAGCAAGCCCUCGUUCCAGGGAUGAGGUGGACAGCCGCCGCACCAUGGAAACAUUAGCAAACCGUCGCUCCAGGGAUGAGGUGGACAGCCGCCGUGUAAGGAAUGAAGUAGAUAGCCCCGCG